GCAGCGAGGGUUAGGGUAAUGGUGGAUAGAUGGCGGCUCGACUGCUGUAUUUUCUAAGGCGUCUUUCUAUGCCUUAGCUCUGCAAGUCAACUUGAGUGACUUCAGCCCUGCUAGACACGAACACGUGGCAUCUGUUGGAUGUCAUGGCGGGAUGGGUAGCCCCCUUGGUUCGUGCUGCCGACAGCGCUGUCUUUGCCUCUCACCAGACUUGCCGUUCUCACCUAAACCCCAGACUAUGUCUCUCAAUGUUCCAUUUGUUUUUUGUGUGCGUG